UCAACAAGUCCACUUUUAUUACCUUUCUCUCUCUCUCUUUCAAUCGUCACUUAACUUUCCAUCGUGAAGCAGACGCACAGACGCGAUAUGUCGACGAGCUUGCCGUUCCUCAACGCGACACUGCUCUCUUCGCCGUCGUUUCGCCGGCGAUCGUACAUUGUCUCACGCCGUGAUCUCCCUGAACUCUCCUCUAAACCAGUCUCUUCGCCGCGGCUUAGCUUCUCUCGUAACGGCAGCGACGACGUAUCGUCUCCGAUCCGAUCGGUGAGAGUGAGAUCGCAGCUGAACACGCCUCUCAUCUCCGGUGACGACGAAUGGGGAACCUGGACUGCGCUCUUCGCCACCGGUGCUUUCGGUCUCUGGUCGGAGAAGACGAAGGUGGGAAGUGCGGUGAGUGGUGCGUUGGUGAGCACGCUGAUCGGGCUUGCCGCUAGUAAUCUCGGCGUCAUCUCUUCAAAUGCUCCUGCUUUUGCUGUCGUCUUGAACUUCCUGCUCCCGUUAGCUGUUCCUCUCUUGCUCUUCAGAGCUGACUUGCGCCGUGUGGUUCAGUCCACUGGAAAGCUUCUCUUGGCUUUCGUCAUUGGUUCAGUUGCGACAACAGUGGGUACAGCUCUGGCUUACUAUCUAGUGCCGAUGAGAGCACUUGGUCCCGAUAGUUGGAAGAUUGCAGCUGCUCUCAUGGGGAGGCAUAUCGGUGGAGCCGUCAACUAUGUUGCUAUAGCCAAUGCUCUCGGAGUUUCUCCAUCAGUGUUAGCUGCUGGACUCGCUGCUGAUAAUGUUAUUUGCGCUGUUUAUUUCACGACAUUGUUCGCUAUAGGCUCCAAAAUCCCCGCUGAAACUUCACCUCCACCAGCUAGUGAUGCAGAGACGAGCAAAGGUUCUGAAACUGAUAACAAAAUCCCUGUGCUACUGAUAGCUACUGGAAUCGCUGUGUCAUUAGCUAUAUGCAAGGCAGGGGCUUUGCUAACCAAGCAUUUCGGGAUUUCCGGUGGUAGCUUGCCAGCGAUAACCGCGGUGGUUGUCGUUUUAGCAACUGUCUUUCCCUCCCAGUUUGGCCGUCUUGCUCCAUCUGGAGAAGCCAUGGCUCUAAUUCUUAUGCAGGUGUUCUUCACUGUGAUAGGUGCGAGCGGAAACAUAUGGAGUGUGAUAAACACGGCGCCGAGCAUAUUCUUGUUUGCAUUGAUCCAGAUUGGGACACAUCUUGCUGUGAUAUUGGGAGUAGGGAAGCUGCUCAACGUCGAGCUAAGGUUGCUGCUUUUGGCAUCGAAUGCUAAUGUUGGAGGACCCACAACUGCAGCUGGUAUGGCGACUGCAAAGGGGUGGAACUCGUUGAUCGUUCCUGGGAUUCUGGCUGGCAUAUUCGGUAUCUCCAUUGCAACUUUCAUAGGGAUUGGGUUUGGAGUGAAAGUCCUCCAGUUCAUGUAAAUAUGGUAAUAUGACUAGAUUAUGGAUUGGACUCUCUCUCUCUAUCUUUCGUUAUCUCGUUAAUGAAACAAGAGAGCUGAGCUGAAGACGAAAGAGUUCGACCAGUUGGUGCAAUAAAAAGAAUUUGUCAUUUGAAAUUAUAUCA